GAAAUGUGUUGCGUGCGAGUGUGUGACGCGCUUCCUCUUUUCUGCGCACAGAAAUCGGUCAAUUUUUCUCUUCGGUCGUUUACGAUUCCACAAACUAGGAGGGGCUUGAUACCGUGGAGGCAGGACUGCUGCUGCUUACACUGUGACUGUACAUCCACCUCAGCCCGCAUGCACUAACGAUUGACAGAUUUCAGCUGUAAAACCUGCUGAAAUCCUUGGGCAUUUUAUGCUUCAGCAAUAAGAGCGUGCUGCUGAGAGAAAAGCAAACCUGCUUGAAGUGGCACAGAGAUGCAGUGUGUUUGGAAUGUGCUCAGUGUUCAUUAAACAAUGGAGGAGAGGUGUGUAGGUUGGCAACGCCAAUACACCACCAAUCAAGAUGGUGGCCCUUUCACUGAAGAUCUGUGUCCGCCAGUGCAAUGUGGUGAAGACCAUGCAGUUUGAGCCCUGCACUCCUGUGUAUGAUGCCUGUAGGAUCAUCAGGGAGAGGGUUCCGGAAGCCCAGACUGGCCAAGCCUCUGAUUACGGCCUGUUUCUCUCUGAUGAUGAUCCCAGAAAAGGAAUCUGGCUGGAGUCUGGGAGAACGCUGGAUUACUACAUGCUCCGGAACGGGGAUGUCUUGGAGUACAAAAAGAAACAGAGGCCCCAGAAGAUCAAGAUGCUGGAUGGGGCAGUUAAAACUAUCAUGGUGGAUGACUCUAAAACUGUGGGAGAACUGCUUGUAACCAUAUGCAGUAGAAUAGGAAUCACCAACUAUGAGGAGUACUCCCUGAUCCAGGAGGCGGUGGAGGAGAAGGAGGACGGUCAUGGGACUGGCACCCUGAAGAAGGACAGGACUCUGCUCCGAGACGAGAGGAAGAUGGAGAAGCUCAAAGCCAAGCUUCACACAGACGAUGACUUGAACUGGCUGGACCACAGCCGGACGUUCAGAGAGCAAGGGGUGGAGGAGAGCGAGAUGCUGCUGCUCAGACGCAAGUUCUUCUACUCAGAUCAGAAUGUGGACUCACGAGACCCUGUCCAGCUCAACCUCCUCUAUGUACAGGCCAGAGAUGACAUACUGAAUGGCUCCCACCCUGUUUCAUUUGAUAAAGCCUGUGAGUUCGCUGGAAUUCAGGCCCAGAUCCAAUUUGGCCCCCACGUCGAACACAAACACAAGACUGGAUUCCUAGACCUUAAGGAGUUUCUACCCAAAGAGUACAUCAAGCAGAGAGGUUCAGAGAAGAAAAUAUUUGUGGAUCACAAAACCUGUGGAGAAAUGACAGAGAUUGAGUCCAAAGUAAAGUAUGUGAAACUAGCGAGGUCCCUUCCGACAUAUGGGGUUUCCUUCUUCCUGGUGAAGGAAAAGAUGAAAAGCAAGAAUAAGCUGGUCCCACGGUUACUGGGGAUAACCAAAGAGUCGGUGAUGCGGGUGGAAGAGAAGACUAAAGACGUGGUUCAGGAAUGGCCCCUAACCACGGUGAAGAGAUGGGCUGCUUCUCCCAAGAGCUUCACCCUGGAUUUUGGGGAGUACCAGGAAAGUUACUACUCUGUUCAGACCACAGAGGGGGAACAGAUCUCUCAGCUGAUUGCAGGAUACAUCGACAUCAUUCUCAAAAAGAAGCAGAGUAAGGAUCGUUUUGGUUUGGAAGGAGAUGAAGAGUCCACCAUGCUGGAGGAAUCUGUCUCUCCAAAGAAGUCGACCAUCCUGCAGCAGCAGUUUAACAGGGUGGGUCGUGUGGAGCAUGGCUCGGUGGCACUGCCAGGUAUCAUCCGCUCCGGGUCCAUCGGUGGCCCUGACAACACCUUCAACAUGGGCACCAUGCCCUCUGCCCAGCAGCAGAUCACCACAGGGCAGAUGCACAGAGGACACAUGCCCCCGCUGAGCUUGGCCCAGCAGGCCCUGAUGGGGACCAUUAACACCAGUAUGCAGGCAGUGCAGCAGGCCCAGGCUGAUCUGGGGGAGGUAGUUAACCUGCCUCCUCUGGGACAGGACAUGGCGUCCAGAGUUUGGGUUCAAAACAAAGUGGAUGAGUCCAAACAUGAAAUCCACUCUCAAGUAGAUGCCAUAACUGCUGGAACAGCAUCUGUGGUCAAUCUUACUGCAGGUGACCCUACAGACACAGACUACACGGCGGUUGGCUGUGCCAUCACCACCAUCUCCUCCAACCUGACAGAGAUGUCUAGGGGGGUGAAGCUGCUGGCAGCACUGGUGGAGGACAAGGUGGACAGCGGGCAGAACCUGAUGGGAGCUGCCAGGACCCUGACAGGGGCCGUCUCUGACCUGCUCAGGUCUGUGGAGCCUGCAGCUGGAGAGCCCAGACAGACGGUGCUGACUGCAGCAGGAAGCAUAGGCCAGGCCAGCGGGGACCUGCUGCAUCAUAUGGGGGAGGGCGAGACCGACGAGAGGUUCCAGGACAUUCUAAUGAGCCUGGCCAAAGCGGUGGCCAACGCAGCUGCCAUGAUGGUCCUCAAGGCCAAGAAUGUGGCCCAGAUGGCAGAGGACACAGUGUUGCAGAACCGAGUGAUUGCAGCUGCUACUCGGUGUGCCCUUUCCACCUCACAGCUGGUGGCCUGCACCAAGGUGGUGAGCCCCACAAUCAGUUCCCCGGUGUGCCAGGAGCAGCUGGUUGAGGCAGGGAAGCUGGUGGACCGCUCGGUGGAGAGCUGCGUCAAGGCCUGCCUGUCUGCAACAGACGACAGUGAGCACCUGAAGCAGGUAGGUGCCGCGGCCAACACGGUGAGCCAGGCACUCAGUGACCUGCUGCAGCACGUACGCCACUAUGCCAGCUGUGGUGAGCCCAUCGGACGCUACGACCAGGCCACAGACACCAUCAUGACCGUCACCGAGAGCAUCUUCACCUCUAUGGGAGACGCAGGGGAGAUGGUGCGUCAGGCCAGGGUGCUGGCUCAGGCCACUUCUGACCUGGUCAAUGCCAUGAGGUCAGAUGCUGAGGCCGAGGUGGACAUGGACAACUCUAAGAAGCUCCUGGCUGCAGCCAAACUCCUGGCUGAUGCCACGGCCAGGAUGGUAGAUGCUGCUAAGGGAGCUGCAGCUUACCCAGAGAAUGAGGACCAGCAGCAGAGGCUGAGAGAGGCAGCAGAGGGGUUACGUGUUGCCACUAAUGCUGCAGCUCAGAAUGCCAUCAAGAAGAAGCUGGUCAACAGGCUGGAGAUUGCUGCUAAACAGGCUGCGGCUGCUGCUACUCAGACCAUCGCAGCUGCCCAGAACGCUGCUGUGUCCAAUAAGAACACUGCCUCUCAUCAACAACUAGUACACAGCUGCAAGGCAGUGGCAGACCACGUCCCUCAGCUGGUCCAGGGGAUGAGGAGUAGUCAGGCUCAGCCAGAGGAACUCAGUGCCCAACUAGCCCUCAUCAUGGCCAGCCAGAGCUUCCUACAGCCUGGCAGUAAGAUGGUGACGUCUGCAAAGUCAACUGUCCCCACAGUGACGGACCAGGCUGCAGCGAUGCAACUUGGUCAAUGUGCCAAGAACCUGGCUACCUGCCUAGCUGAGCUACGGACAGCCACCCAAAAGGCCCAUGAAGCCUGUGGUCCUCUGGAGAUAGACUCUGCUCUCAGUGCUGUCCAAACUCUGAGGAGUGAGCUUCAAGAUGCCAGGAUGGCUGCGCACGAUGGGCAGCUCAAACCACUUCCUGGGGAAUCGCUAGAGAAGUGUGCCCAGGACCUGGGUAGUACCUCCAAAGCUGUUGGCUCCUCUAUGGCCCAGCUGCUGACCUGUGCUGCACAGGGCAAUGAACACUACACAGGAGUGGCUGCCAGGGAGACUGCCCAGGCCUUGAGGACACUGGCCCAGGCAGCCAGAGGUGUCGCUGCCAACACUAAGGAACCCCAGUCUGCGGCGGCCAUGUUGGAUUCUGCCCAGUACGUCAUUCAGGGCUCUGCCAUGCUCAUCCAUGAGGCCCACCAGGCCCUGGUCUCCCCCGGCGACGCAGAGAGUCAGCAGAGGCUAGCACAGGUGGCCAAGGCAGUGUCCCACUCUCUGAAUAACUGUGUGAACUGCCUGCCUGGCCAGAAGGAUGUGGACAUGGCCCUAAGAAGCAUUGGAGAGGCCAGCAAGAAGCUGCUGGUGGACACUCUCCCCCCCUGCAGUAAGUCCUUUCAGGACGCUCAGAGUGAGCUGAACCAUACUGCUGCAGAGCUCAACCACUCAGCAGGAGACGUGGUCCAUUCCUCCCGGGGUACCAGCAGCCAACUGGCCGUGGCUUCUGGGAAAUUCAGUGAGGACUUUGAUGAGUUCCUGGACGCCGGCGUUGAGAUGGCUGGACACACUCAAUCCCAAGAGGACCAGAUCACAGUGAUUGGCAACCUGAAGAACAUCUCCAUGGCAUCCAGCAAGCUCCUUCUGGCAGCCAAGUCCCUGUCAGUGGAUCCUGGAGCAGCUAACGCCAAGAACCUGUUAGCUGCUGCAGCAAGAGCGGUGACAGAGAGCAUUAAUCAGCUCAUCACACUGUGUACCCAGCAGGCACCGGGCCAGAAGGAGUGUGACAACGCUCUGAGAGAACUGGAGGCUGUGAGAGGAUUGCUGGACAACCCCAGUGAGCCUGUCAGUGAGCUCUCCUACUUUGACUGCAUCGAGAGUGUCAUGGAGAACUCAAAGGUUCUUGGAGAGUCCAUGGCAGGGAUUUCCCAGCACUGUAAGACGGGCAACGUGCCAGCGUUUGGGGAUUGUGUGGGAGUGGCAUCCAAGGCCCUGUGUGGGUUGACGGAGGCGGCUGGACAGGCCUCCUACCUAGUGGGUGUGUCUGAUCCAAACAGCCAAUCAGGUCAAGAGGGCCUGGUGGAUCCAAUCCAGUUUGCCCGGGCCAACCAGGCUAUUCAGAUGGCCUGUCAAAACCUGGUGGACCCAGCCAGCAGCCCCUCUCAGGUUCUGUCCGCAGCGACGAUUGUAGCCAAGCAUACCUCAGCUCUUUGCAAUGCCUGCCGCCUGGCCUCGUCCAAGACACCCAACCCUGUGGCCAGGAGACACUUUGUUCAGUCAGCCAAAGAGGUUGCAAACACCACGGCCAACCUCGUGAAAACUAUAAAGGCCUUGGAUGGGGACUUCUCAGAGGAGAACAGAAACAGAUGCCAUGUUGCUACAACUCCACUUAUCGAGGCUGUAGAGAAUCUAUCCACAUUUUCCUCCAGCCCGGAGUUUGCUAGUAUCCCUGCCCAGAUCAGCAAUGAGGGCUCUGCAGCCCAGGAGCCCAUCAUGCGUUCAGCCUGCUCCAUGCUGGACAGCUCCACCCUGCUCCUGGAGACUGCCCGCUCGCUCAUCAUCAACCCCAAAGACCCGCCCACCUGGUCCAUCCUGGCUGGGCACUCCCGCACCGUCUCUGACUCCAUCAAGAGCCUCAUCACCUCCAUCAGGGACAAGGCGCCAGGGCAGAGAGAGUGUGACUUCUCCAUUGAUAACAUCAACAAGUGUAUCCGGGACAUCGAGCAAGCUUCUCUAGCUGCUGUGGGCCAGAGCCUACAGGGAUGUAGGGAUGACAUAUCUUUGGAAGCUUUGCAGGAGCAACUGACAUCGUCGGUGCAGGAGAUUGGACAUCUCAUCGAUCCUAUCAAUACUGCAGCUAGGGGUGAAGCUGCCCAGCUGGGACACAAGGUGACCCAGCUGGCCAGCUACUUUGAGCCCCUCAUCGUGGCGUCUGUUGGCCUGGCCUCUAAGAUCGUCGACCAGCAGCAGCAGAUGAACAUCCUGGACCAGACUAAAACCCUGUCAGAGUCCGCCUUGCAGAUGCUCUACGCAGCCAAGGAGGGAGGUGGAAACCCUAAGGCGGCCCACACCCACGACGCCAUAUCAGAGGCUGCCCAGCUGAUGAAGGAGGCUGUGGACGACAUCAUGGUGACGCUGAACGAGGCGGCCAGUGAGGGCGGCAUGGUGGGAGGCAUGGUGGAGGCUAUCGCUGAGGCCAUGGGCAGGUUGGAUGAGGGCACUCCCCCUGAACCAGAAGGAUCCUUUGUGGAUUACCAGACCACCAUGGUGAAAUACUCCAAGGCCAUCGCCAUCACAACUCAGGAGAUGAUGACUAAGUCAGUGACGUGUCCAGAGGAGCUGGGUGGCCUGGCCUCUCAGGUGACUGUAGACUACAGCCAGUUAGCCCACCAAGGUCGCCUGGCAGCUGCCACCGCAGAACCAGAAGAGGUGGGCUUCCAGAUCAAGACGCGGGUCCAGGAGCUGGGCCAUGGAUGUAUCUACCUGGUUCAGAAGGCUGGCGCCCUGCAAAUGAGCCCCACUGACAGCUUCUCCAAGAGGGAGCUCAUUGAGUGUGCCCGUGCCGUCACUGAGAAGGUUGCCAUGGUGCUGUCUGCACUGCAGGCAGGUAACAAAGGUACUCAGGCCUGCAUCACAGCAGCUAGUGCUGUCUCUGGCAUCAUCGCGGACCUCGACACCACCAUCAUGUUCGCCUCGGCCGGAACACUCAACCCCGAGAACGAAGAGACCUUCGCUGACCACAGGGAGAGCAUUCUGAAGACAGCCAAGGCUCUGGUGGAGGACACUAAGCUGCUGGUGUCUGGGGCAGCGUCCAGUCAGGACAGACUGGCCCAGGCUGCCCAGUCCUCGGUCAAGACCAUCACCAUGCUCACUGACGUGGUCAAACUGGGGGCCACCAGCAUGGGCUCUGACGACCCAGAGACUCAGGUGGUCCUCAUUAAUGCGGUGAGAGAUGUGGCCAAGGCUCUAGCUGAGCUCAUCAGCGCCACCAAGUGUGCUUCAGGCAAGCCAGCUGACGACCCGUCCAUGUAUCAGCUGAAGAGUGCUGCCAAGGUGAUGGUUACCAACGUGACAUCCCUGCUGAAGACUGUGAAGGCUGUGGAGGAUGAGGCUACUCGCGGGACGAGGGCACUGGAGGCCACCAUUGAGUGCAUCAAACAGGAGUUGACAGUGUUCCAGUCCAAGGACGUCCCCGAAAAGUCGACCACACCGGAAGAGUUCAUCCGCAUGACAAAGGGCAUCACCACGGCAACGGCCAAGGCUGUGGCAGCAGGAAACUCUGCCCAGCAGGAGCACGUCAUCGCCACGGCCAACCUGAGCCGCAAAGCCAUCUCUGAUAUGCUGACCACCUGCAAGCAAGCGGCCUGUCAUCCAGAGGUGAGUGAGGAGGUGAGGAAAAAGGCCCUGCGCUACGGGUCAGAGUGCACCACUGGAUACAUCGACCUGCUGGAGCAAGUAUUGCUGGUGAUCCAGAAGCCCACAGCGCACCAGAGGCAGCAGCUGGCGGUACACUCCAAGUGCAUGGCGGGGUGUGUGACAGAGCUCAUCCAGACGGCUGAGGCCAUGAAGGAUGGAGGGUCAGAAUGGGUGGACCCUGAGGACCCCACUGUCAUCGCUGAGACUGAGCUGCUGGGAGCGGCAGCCUCCAUCGAAGCCGCAGCCAAGAAACUGGAGCAGCUGAAACCCAGAGCCAAGCCCAAGCAAGCAGAUGAGACGCUGGACUUUGAGGAGCAGAUUCUGGAGGCAGCUAAAUCCAUCGCUGCAGCCACCAGUGCCCUGGUGAAGUCUGCUUCUGCAGCCCAGAGAGAGUUGGUGGCACAGGGCAAGGUAGGAUCCAUUCUUGCCAAUGCUGUGGAUGAUGGCCAGUGGUCUCAGGGUCUCAUAUCUGCUGCUCGGAUGGUGGCGGCAGCUACCAGUAACCUGUGUGAGGCGGCCAAUGCCUCUGUGCAGGGCCACGCCAGUGAGGAGAAGCUCAUCUCUUCAGCCAAGCAGGUGGCAGCCUCCACAGCUCAGCUCCUAGUGGCCUGUAAGGUCAAAGCUCAACCGGACUCCGAGGCAAUGAGGAGACUGCAGGCUGCUGGGAACGCGGUCAAGCGGGCAUCAGACAACCUGGUGAAGGCGGCUCAGAAAGCUGCCUUUGAUAAAGCUGAUGAUCACAGUGUGGUGGUCAAGACCAAGUUCGUGGGUGGCAUUGCUCAGAUCAUUGCAGCCCAGGAGGAGAUGCUGAGAAAGGAGAGAGAGCUGGAGGACGCCAGGAAGAAGCUAGCUCAGAUCAGACAGCAGCAGUACAAGUUCCUGCCCACUGAGCUGAGGGAGGAUCAGAGCUAAUUGGUCAAGAGUAAAGUAGAUGGAUAUCUGAUUGGAACCUAUUGUUACACAGAGAUGUAGCUUACUCCAGCGAUUCGCUAUUUCUCUCUCACACGGGUAGAGUGUAUAACGUAUUUGGGCCAGGACUGUUUCAUGAGUGGAACUAGUGUGCGUGUGUGCGCGUGCGUUUCACAGAGGAUGAUAUUGACAUUAUGACAUAAGGACCACCUGGCUGCAGCUGUGCUGUAUUAGCAGGGUUAGGACCUGCAACCUAAAAAAUUGAGACGGAUGCCCUUAUUGAUUUAAUGGUAGGAUACAUCAAUAAGGACAUCACAGUUAAAUGAACAUUACUGGAUCCAAUAAUGGUAAAUACUAUUAAUACUUUUCAUGGAUACAUCUCUAAAUCAGUUGAAUGUAGUUUAAAAGCUGUAAAAGCUAAUCAAAAGGGGUAGCUCCCUCUCCAACUGGCACAGCUGAUUCAGGGAUCCAUAGCUUCAGUUUCUCACACAACAUCUUAGUGUUGAUAUACUGUAGGUAUUGCAGUACUCAGAUGCAUCAUUUCAAUCAUUAGCCCGCAUGCACCAUUAUAACUUGACAGGUCUGGCAUCUUAAUUUGAUCACAGAGAAUUUUCCUACGCAGUAAGAAAUGCAAAUUGUAGUGCAUUCAAGGUUUAAAAAGGCUUCUAAAUGUUGUAAUUUCCACUUAAAAUGUCAGACUUGAUUUGCCCUAAUGAAUAAUGUAUCAACCCCUACAAAAAUGCCCUUUAAUUAUAUUCCACAUAAUAAUUAAAAUGUCCUGUUGCUACAGGAUUCUUUUCCUGCUGUGAGAAGCAGGGUCAAAUUAAGAUCUGUACAUAUCAAUAAAGCCACUAACCAAUAGUUUAGCUUAGGAUUGGGCAUUUGUAAUAUGUUAGUAUAUGAAUGUGAUCUUUGGAAUUGCUGUUGAAUAAUUAAACGUUUGGAUUUUAUGUACUAUAUUUAAUGUAAUAGAACUUCAGCUUCACACCAAAUCCGUAGUGUCAGUGAGUGGGUUUGAGUGGAUAGUAAAGCCAACAGCAGACACUAGUUCAUGUUUUACAGCAUCGUAAUACCUUUUAAAGGAAUACUUCUGUAGGUAAUAAUUAUCCCUGGUGUGUCAGUAGGGAGAUCCCUGCCUCGGCUCCCAUGUUUGGACAUUCGGCUGUCACUCAUAUUUCAGGAGCAGGGAGCAGUCACGGCAGAGGGUUGUUAAUGGGUUAAAUCUCAGUCUAUGUGCAGUAUUUUUGCCAGACUGGUAUUCUCUCCCCCAAGCCCUCUCACACUCUUUUUGGUUUUCCUGCCUCCUGCAGGAGGAGGCUCCGUUUACAUUCUUUCUCAUAUUUUUUUCUCUCUUUCUUGCCUUUGUGUUUUAAUUCCAGUCUAAUUGACAGUAGCCAGAGUUUGGUUGGGAGUUCCACCAUACGCACACAACAGCAAAGCUAUGCUCUGUCUGUCCGUUGCCUGUUCAGCCGGUGGUGUUUGGUUUAUACUUAUUACAGAUUCCAUUGAGUUUGGGAUAUGAGCUUGUGUUCAUGUUCUUAUUGUUCCUCUAACCAUAGCAACACAUUACCACUCAUUAUACUGUGUCAGACUGAUGAGAAGGCAGCACUGAUUGGAAUUGUGUAUGCAGCUGUGUAUGCAGCUGUGUAUGGCUUAUUCCCUCUUAGACAUGUAUGAAACUGUAGGAUGUGGUGUAGAAUGGCACUGAGAUGUCUGGUAUAACCUUAUGCACUGAGGAGAGCAAGCAAUGCCUUCCAUGUUCAACCAUUCAGGAUUACUACUAACGCACCUGUCAAAUGUAUUAGUGAUGAAACCACAUACAGUCCAGUCCUGACUAGGGCCGGGACGAUACCAGUAUUGCAAUACUCGUUAGUAUCGUGUAAAAGAAACAAAACACAAAGCGGAUUUAACUUCUUUAGGAAAACAGCCCUUAUGUUGGAAUGAAACAUCAUUAUGUUGUCAUCCAGAGUCACAUGUAUAUAUUUUCCAAGCUAUAGCAUGCUUUUAAAGGACCGAAGAGUUUGGUCUGCUUCGUGUUUUUCAUUUUUGUAAUGGAAAGAAAUAUUGUGAUACUGGUAUCGUCCUGGCCCUAGCCCUGAGUAGGAAAAUAGUUAAUUUAUGUUAUUCCAGUAUUGGUGUAGUAUAAGGUCAUUAGUAUUGUGUCCACUCCAACAGCUCAGUCCCUCGUUGUCAGUCUGUGGUCUGCAUUGUGUACUUGUGCCUUAAUUGAAACCCCGCUGUAACAACAUCUAAAGGCUUGUCCUUCUGGAUAAGAACAUGUAUCCCGUCUAACCCAAACUCUCUCUGGGCCAUUAACUAUCACCUAGUCCUAUGCCAUAACACAAUGUAUUGCCUUGGCUGGUAGCCCAUCUGCCUGCCGUAAACCAUGCUGGUAUAUAAAGUGCAUCCAUGGAUACGUUUAGGUUUUAGACUAUAUACAGAACUUAAUACACACUACAAUGCAUUCCAUGAGCAUGUGGCAAGUUGUUAUUGAACUCUUAAAGAUGAUAAUUUGCUCUGCCUUGAAAUUCAUUCAGCAUACACAUAAUCCUUAUAAAUAGGACUAAAUAACGUCCUUGUUUCAUUGUUAAACCACUAUAAAUGAAGUUUUUAACAAUAAAUGUAACGACUAUCCUGAGAUAAUGUAUAUUGUCUAAGCAAUUUGUCUAUAAGCAUUAACUGGAAUAGGAAAAACGACUAGCUGUAGGUGUUGUGCUUUCUUUAACAGACUGAAUUCAUUUCAACAGUUUAACUGAUGCUAUAUGUCUAAUAUUUAUCUUGUCACAAAGGUAUUUUUUGUAUUCACUGAAAAUAAAGAAUUUGAAACAAA